UCAAUGAAGAAGAAAGCGUGGCAAAUUUGUUUAUGUCGAUUUCUGAAACAAAACAGUGAUUAAUUUAGUGUUUGUAAAUUGUUUUUGCAAUGUCUGGUGUUGCGACGGUAGCUGAGAAGGAGAAACCAUCGACCAAGGAAGAAUCGUUGGAAACAACUCCGUUUGAAUAUCAAUGGCCUCAGGAUAAAGCUGGAGAAUUUUUCCUACUAGAAAAGCAUGUUUGUGAAUAUUUGAAUAUGGAUAGUCUGUUACAGAAAUACCCUGAGAUACAGCAUCAUCAGGUGUCAAAAGAGGAGAGGAAGUAUCUUUUUGAGCAGAAAGCCAUAACAGAAACAGAAUAUCAAAAGGAAGACCAAAAGUUAGUGGCCCUAAAUACUGAUGAUGUGAGACAGGUGAUGAUUGAUCAUUUCCCCACAUUCUAUCAAAAAUACAUAACAACUUUGCAUAAAAAAGAAAGGCAACAAGCAAUCAGCAAGGCGAAGAAGAACAGUAAGAUGAUGUCUAUACGGCAGACCAAUGCUCUAAAGAAGGCCAUGAAAGAUUCAUCAGAGUAUAACUCUAUCCUACUGCAACAACGUAAAGAAGAACGAGCAUCCUACUACGACAUGCAAACCCAACUCAUUCAUAUCCCUGCCCGGAAGAAUAGAAAAUUGCCAUCACAUAUGACAGUUCCAAGCAAGUAUCCUGUAGCUCUGCUUCCUGGUCAAUAUCAAGAUUACUAUUAUCCAUAUACUUCAAGUGAACUAAAUCAAUUUCCUCUCGGUUCAAUUGUCUCCUUCCCUCUUCCUCCACAACCAGAGGUAGUAAAAGUGCCAGAGGCAUUUCAGAUGCUGGAAAAUGUGACCAAUGAUCCUGAGCCAACAUCACCUCUGGUCACCAUGGGGAAACGAGAAGACGUCUAUGACGAACCCCCUCCUAAGAGAACAUACAGAAAACAGCCGAGCGGGAAAAAAGACCCCGUGUGUGGCAUUUGCUUGUCUGGUCCAGAGAUGAAUAAGAAAGGCAUGCCAGAAAGCCUAAUCCAUUGUUCAGAAUGCGAAAACAGUGGCCAUCCAUCUUGUCUUGAUAUGAGCGCUCAGUUGGUAAGAAUCAUCAAGACUUAUUCUUGGCAGUGUAUGGAAUGUAAGAGGUGUACCCUGUGCAAUGAUCCUCACGAUGAAGACAAGAUGCUGUUCUGUGAUGAAUGUGAUCGGGGAUACCAUAGCUUCUGUGUCGGUCUAACCCAGAUUCCGAUUGGCCGAUGGAUCUGCGAUAAAUGUGGAAUGUGCGCUUCGUGCUUGAAGAGAGUGCCUGGACCCGAAGGUAGCGCCGCCAAGUGGAAACACGAGUUCACAAUCCCAGGCGAUGGGCAAGAGCCGCAGUUUCUGCAAACGCUGUGCAUAUCGUGUUCAAGGUUGUUUCGAAAUGGCAACUUCUGUCCCAUUUGCCUCAAAGUAUAUCGUAACGAUGAGACGGAUCUGCCCAUGGUAUGCUGUGAUAUGUGUGACAGAUGGACGCAUACUGAUUGUGAGGGUAUCAAUGAGAAAACAUACAAGGAAUUGUCCAAAUCAAAAUCCAAGUAUAAAUGCGCGCUUUGUCGCGGUGAGAAGGAAGAGAGAAUCAAAGGAUUUCACAAAAAGUUUUCACAGUAUAAAACCAUGUAACCGAUUGUAUUUGUUGCCGUGGUAAUCACAAGUUUUUUAGUUUUCGCACUCUUUGUCUUAGGGUACGUAGGUCUAGCAUAGAUGGAAAGGAGGCAGUCUGUAUGUAAAAU